GGGCCGAGGGGCCGGGGUCGGAGGCCGGGGCGGAGCUGCUUCCCUGCAGCUGUGGCCCGGCCGUGGUGAGGCCCGCUUGCCGGUGGCGUCGUAUCUGGAGCCUCACGUUCACGCCUUUGCGCUCGGGGGGAGUCCCCGUCGGGGUCUUCAGGGACCCCCGCUCCGGGCCGGGGCCGGGCCUCAGGACUGUCAUUGUGGCGACAGGGCGAUCACGUUGUAAAUCCGGGUCUCGCGGGCCGGGGAUGCCCUGCCUGGUUCUCCCCGGUUCAUAGUGGAGGCCCGACACCGUGAAGCUUUUUAGCUUUGCAACUGGAGUGUUAGGGUUGGGUGCCCGUGCGCAGAUCGGCUUGACGAUCUGUCGAGUGUAUUUGAAAAAUCGAGAAAAGAAUUAGGUGACAAGAGGGGUGUGGGGAGAGAGAGAGAGAGAGAGAGAGAGAUCUUGCAUUCACUCCCCAGAUGGCUGUAAUGGUUAGGACUGGGCCAGGCUGAAGCCAGGAGCCAGGAGCUCCAUCCGGGUCUCCCAUGCAGGUGCAGGGGCUCAAGGACUUGGGCCAUCUUCCACUGCUUUCCCAGGCCACAGCAGAGAGCUGGAGCAAAAGUGGAGCAGCCGGGACUCGAACCAGCACUCAUGUGGCAAACCAGCGUCCCAGGCAGUGGCUUAACCUGGAGGUGACUCUUCUUUCAAUUCAUUUUGGCCUGGGAAUCGAGACUUGACCCCGCAGGCCUGACGUGUGCGUGGGAUAUUUUGGAAGACACAUCAGUCCAGUGACAGGCAAAUGCUCUGCCUGCUCAGGACCCACCCUGGGGGCAGGAGGGCAGCAGAGAGGAGGAAGCCCUGGCUCCAGGGUGGCCGUCUACCUGUUCCCAGUCCAGCUCUCUGCUGUGGCCCGGGAGUGCAGUGGAGGAUGGCCCAAGUGCCUGGACCCUGCACCCCAUGGGAGACCAGGAGAAGUACCUGGCUCCUGCCUUCGGAUCAGCGCGGUGCGCCGGCCGCAGUGCACCGGUUGCGGCGGCCAUUGGAGGAUGUGGCCGUGGUGUUCACCCCCGAGGAGUGGCUGUUCCUGGACUCUGCUCAGAGGCGCCUGUACCGGGACGUGAUGCUGGAGAACUACAGGAACCUGUCCGCCGUGGAACCUCAACGUCAACCCCAAGGGUCCAUUCCUAGCCAAGAUACUUUUGGGGGGAUUCCCUGCAUUGGCAUGAAAAAGGAACCCCCUCAGCCCGGAGGAGGGCUCUGUGGCUAUGCCGCGCUCGGGAAGCCACUCCUCCAGCAUCGGCAGCCUUGUCCUGGAGAAGCCCCCUGCGCGCGUCCCAGGGGCGGGAAGUCCUUCUUCCCGCGCGCCCGCCUGCUCGAGCCCGAGAAGCGCCCCCGUGGGGAGAAGCCCUUCGCGUGCGGCACGUGCGGGAAGUGCUUCCGGUACAGCUCCGACCUCACGAGGCACGAGAAGACCCACACGGCCGAGAAGUGCUUCGAGUGCCGCCAGUGCCGCCAGGCCUUCAAGUACUCCUCCAACCUGCGGCGGCACCUGAGGACGCACGGCGGCCAGAAGCCCUUCGCGUGCGGCCAGUGCGGCAAGACCUUCACGAGGAACUUCAACCUGGCCCUGCACCGGCGGAACCACACGGGCGAGAAGCCCUACGCGUGCCAGGAGUGCGGGAAGGCCUUCCAGCAGCCCUCGUCCCUCCGGAGCCACGCGAGGACGCACACCGGGGAGAGGCCCUUCGCGUGCGGCCAGUGCGGGAAGGCCUUCCGGGAACACUCCUCGCUGAAGACUCACCUGCGGACCCACACGAGGGAGAAGCCCUAUGCGUGCGACCAGUGCGGCAAGCCCUUCCGCACGAGCACGCACCUGCGCGUGCACAGGCGGGUCCACACCGGGGAGAAGCCGUACCCGUGCGGCACCUGCGGCCAGGUCCUGAGUCGCCUCUCGACCCUGAAGAGCCACAUGCGGACCCACACGGGAGAGAAGCCCUACGCGUGCCAGGAGUGCGGGCGGGCCUUCCGCGAGCCCUCGUCACUCUGGAAGCACGCCAGGACUCACACCGGCAAGAAGCCCUACGCAUGCCGGGAGUGCGGGCGGGCCUUCGGUCAGUCCUCACACCUGCUCGUGCACGUGCGAACCCACGCCGCGGGGAGACCCUACCCGUGUGAUCAGUGUGAGAAGGCCUUCCGGCACAGCUCGUCCCUCACCGUGCACAAGAGGGUCCACGGUGGGCGAGAGAGCGCGGGGAGCAGCAGGCCACCUCUGCCUGUGCCUGGUCCCUGCAGCGGGCCCCUUGCUAGUUAGCUUCUGGGUGUGAGAGGCGACACUGGGGCUGUCGCUCAUCCUCCCAGUCCUUGCUUAGCUGCGUGCGUGUCGUUAUGCAGUUGGUCCUUGCACCACCUGCAGGUUUAGCCAACCACGGCCUUUUCCAUGGAUGUGCACAGGCUUUUUAUCAUUGUUCCCUAAAAAAAACGCCACCUAGCAACUAUGCACAGAACAUUCCUGCUGUACUAGGUGUGGUAAGCAGCCCAGAGAUGAUGGUCCGUAUGUGGGAGGGAGAUGUGUGCUAGUUCCAUGCAAAUGCUGUCCCAUUUUAUAUCCAGGACUGGGGCAUCUGCAGAUUUUGGUAUUUUAUGUGUGUGUCUUGGAACACAAUCCCUGUGGACACCAAGGUACGGCAUUUUGGUUCAUUUGUAGCCAUGGUCUUCCAUCAUGACUUACUUUUGGCACAUGAGUUAUUGGGAUUAGACUUUCGAUCCUAGUACAUGGAUAGGUGUUCGUAAGAAUAUACUUACUGGCCGGCGCCGCGGCUCACCAGGCUAAUCCUCUGCCUAGCGGCGCCGGCACACCGGGUUCUAGUCCCGGUCGGGGCGCCGGAUUCUGUCCCGGUUGCCCCUCUUCCAGGCCAGCCCUCUGCUGUGGCCAGGGAGUGCAGUGGAGGAUGGCCCAGGUGCUUGGGCCCUGCACCCCAUGGGAGACCAGGAAAAGCACCUGGCUCCUGGCUCCUGCCAUCGGAUCAGCGCGGUGCGCCGGCCGCAGCGCGCCGGCCGCGGAGGCCAUUGGAGGGUGAACCAACGGCAAAAGGAAGACCUUUCUCUCUGUCUCUCUUUCUCUCACUGUCCACUCUGCCUGUCAAAAAAACAAACAAACAAAAAACAAAACAAAACAAAAAAACCACGUGGGUCAUCUUCUGCUACCUUCCCAGACAUGUUAGCUAGGAGCUGGAUUGGAAGUGGAGCAGCUGGGACUCGAACCAGAGCUCCAAUACGGGAAGCCUGUGUGGCAAGCUACAGCGUAACCUGGUGCCUCACGAUGUCAGCACCAGGAGUCGUCAUGCCUUGUCUUUGUCCAGAUCACAAAACUUCCAUGGAAGCUUGCACUUGUUUGUAUCACAUGUGUGUGUAAUAUAUGUGAGUGUAUAGAAACAAUACAUGUAAAUGUACAUAGAAACAAUACAUGUAAAUGUACAUACA